AUCCAGCGUCUAGCGCUGCCGCGCACGCGCAGAUUGCGAAAGGCGCUGGAAGAUAGCGGAGGUUCCGCCAUUUUGCGGGAAGAGGAGCAACUCCGGCUGCAGUGCUGCUUUUCCAGCUGAGACUGUGGGAAAUAGCUGCACUUCGCGUCCCCCCCACACACUCCUAAAGGAACGGAGAAAACCGGGACCCCCCGCUGCGGGGACCCGGAACUGCUCUGACAUGAUGGCGUCUGAUGACUUUGAUAUAGUAAUUGAGGCCAUGCUGGAAGCUCCCUAUAAAAAAGAGGAGGAUGAGCAGCAAAGGAAAGAGGUUAAAAAGGACAGUCCUAGCAGUGCCACUAGCAGCACCAGCCACAGUGGUAGUGGUACCAGCAGGAGCAACACCACCCGGGACACAAGCAAGAAGAAGAGGAGUCGGAGCCACAGUAGAAGCAGGGAUAGAAAGUACAGUCAUAGUCGAGACCGAGACCGACAUUGUGAGAGAAGGAGCGGGAGCCGAAGUGGUGAUCGGCAGCAGCGACCCUGCAGCCAAAGCUGGGACCGUCCACAUAGUAGUGAGUCACGAAGUCAAGACUGGCGGCGUGAGGAUUAUGUGCCCUAUAGGCGUCUUCCACUUGCCACUGGGUGGAGGUAUGGGCCCAGUAAGAGUCCUCAUUUCAGAGAGAGGAGCCCGGUCAGAUUGAGAAUAUUGUCCUGAUGAAGGAUUCAGAGACAGGCCACUCUAAAGGUUAUGGUUUCAUUACGUUCUCAGAAUCUGAGUGUGCCCGGCGGGCUGUGGAACAGUUGAACGGCUUUGAACUUGCUGGUCGACCUAUGAGAGUUGGUCACCUGACUGAGCGGGCAGAUGGUGGCACAGACAUCACUUUUCCUGAUGGGGACCAGGUGGUGGAUCUGGGAUCAGCAGGAGGACAUUUGCAGCUCAUGGCUAAAGGUUCUGGAAUUCACCUGCCAAUUACAGCUGCAGCUGCCCAGGCUGCUGCCUUGCAACUGAAUGGAGUGGUUCCCUUGUCAGCUCUGAACCCAGCGGCUCUGACUGCUCUGAGUCCGGCCCUGAAGCUCACUUCACAGGCAGUUGCAUCCCAGUGCUUCCAGCACCCCAGCCUUUUUACCCCCCAGACCAUGUGAGUCUCAGGGUCUGGCUUAUUUUCAUUUCUGCUUUUCUUUUAGCUUCCCAUUUACCCCUUUCCCUUGGCACAGGUAAAUCAGUGGCUCGGCACACUACUUCCCUGUGCCUGUGGAUCCUGCCACUUCCUUCUCCACAUCUACUCUGCUACUUCCUGUCUUCUGUUUUGUGGAUUAAGCCAUCCUGAGGGCAUGGACAUUGAUUAUGGAGGAAUUGGGAAGAAGGGCUGCUGCCCAUGCCCCUUUGGGAAUGGACUUCGUUGAGCAAAGCCCCCGGUUGAAGAGAUCAGAAUCUACACCUACACUGAAUACCUGUUUGUUCUGUGUGUGGACUCUCAAGAUGGCUUUCUUGCCCUUUCCCAUCACAUCUUAGUGAUUUCUGAUUCCUCCCCAUUGGGAAGGCCAUGGGGCAUUAACUGAUGAAAUUAACCUGUCUCCCUUCCCUGCACCUUUACUCUGUAAUCUGUUAAGGAGAACCUGGUGGACCUCUGGAUCUUGAGGACAUUGGAGUAUAGAGUAUAUACCUUGAAA